AUGGACCGAAAACCAUUGCAUACCGCCGGAGCGCCACACGAAGACUAUUCGGGGCUCGAGGUGAAUCCUUGUAGCGAUGAGCACAAGCAAGCCGUGGAGAAUGAAUACCCACCAACGACUCGAGCCCCGAUUCCGGCUUCAGCCGGAGGCUAUCUGCCGCCCACGACGCCAUACCCAGAGCUGCACUCACCACUAGCCCCGUCGUCCGCGUCGCCGCCCAUCGAAAGUGACAAGAUUACCAGCCAGUCCGCGCACGGAUACUAUGCGGGCAGUCAACGGGGCGACGACCAAGGAGGAGGCCGGCAGCCGCCAAGUUUCGGCUACCCGGCGCACCCGCACGAGCAACAGGGCGUUGCAGGAGCCCAUGGGAAUGGUAGCGGAAGGAAGCGAACCGCCAUCUUCAUUGGGCUCGCCGUCCUAGGGCUUGUCGUUGCGGGCGUCGUUGGAGGCGUAGCUGGAUGGCAAAUCACCGAAGCCAAGAAUCGUAGCAGUGGUAGUGGCAGUGGCGGUGGCCCUGCCUGUCCGGAGAAUAGGUCAGAGCCCUCGACGGCGGGUGUCUCCAAGAUCCUGAAGGCCGGGUCCGCCCUGGCCGCCACAGGAUUUCGGUACGAUGGGGAUUACCAAAUAAGAGUUUUUUACCUUUCGCCAGAGGGAGCCCCCUACUACUCCUCAUUCGACACCGCAUACAGCUCGUGGUCGACCCCGGUCAAGAUUGCGGAGGCGCUUCCACACGCCGGCACGUCUCUCGCUGCGGGAGUCAACAUGCGAAAUCAUUACAACAAAUUUAUCCCACGGUUCAUGCUUUACUACCAGGGAACGGAUUCCAAAAUGUUGAGCGUGGGCUUCCAAGAGUCGGUGCGAAGAUCCGGGGAGCCCAACCCCGAAAUCAUGGGAACCCUCGAAAACUACCGGAUCGGUACCGGCGCCUCGAUGGGUGCCUACUGGCCGUACCUGAUCUUCCAGGACAACGGCGCCGCCGGCACGGGCUUGGUUGAGCACAACAUCACGAUCCUCGGCAUCCGCGACAGCCGCCAGCGCGUCAGCCGCAUCAUGGAGUCCGGCACCAGCGGGCCCCAGGUCGCGCAGGGCUCACCGGUCCUCGCGCUCCCGCUGAGCGCCGACGUGCCCCGCGACGAGCUGCGGGUGGUCUACCGCAGCACCGAGGGCGGGCGCCUGGCCGUGUUCGACCGCAACUCCAAGCGCGAGCAGGCGCGGCGCCACACGCUCCCGCCGGGCUACACGCUCGGCGAGGGCGCGCCACUCGCGGGCUUCGCCACGCGCAAGGGCAGCAGCGCCAUGACGACGCACCUGCUCUGGCGCGGCGGGGACGGCCGGGUCAUGGCCGGGAGGCAGGUGGGAGGGGCCGGGGCCACCUGGCAGGACCCCGUGGCGGAGCCGGCGUUUGGCGACGCGGCGGGCAACACGCAGAUCGCGUGCGUCACGGCCGGUUCCACGUCGCAGGAGAGCUUGAAGGAGCCGAUCCGCGAGAGCGACGACAUGAACCGGUGCUUCUUUCAGAAUAAGGAUGGGGCGCUCGUGGAGGCUUGGUUCGACGGGGAGGCUUGGAAGAAGGUCGGGGUUGUCCACAUGCCAUUGCCAUCGCCAUGA